CUAAAUACUUAUUUUCCCCACUGUAGCUGUGGAGAAAAACAUUAGGAUGCCGCACAGAAAUUUGUCAAAAGGGGAUUUUUUCCCCCCUUACAUUAUUCCCUAGUGUAAUUAAGGUAUAAAUAUUUUUGAACUUCCUGGUUGGGGUUACAAUUGUGUGGUAUUAUUGGUAAACAAGGUCUGAGUUAAUGCGGCUUAAUAAGCUUUAAACCACGUGGCCACACUUGUGUUCGUCAUUCACUCCAUUCAAACAUGCGUCCAUUCAUUCCCUUCUCACCUGAGGACAAACAACUAACAGAGAGAUGAUGAACACUCUUGAAGACGUCCCAUUUGGGACACCGCUGGGGUCACUGGGACAGGACAUAUACUUGAUGACACCGCCGGACAUUUCGGUGCCAGACUGUCCUCAGAUUAUGCGGGAAACUCAAUAUGCCUUCAGUCUGGAGAAACUGAUCUUAACUGGUCAGCAACCUGCCUACCAGUCUCCAUCCUGUCCCCCCUACUGGCUAAUGUUCAGCAGCCCUAACGAGUCCUGGCGGACGGCACACGAGACCAGCGACCCUCGGGGCUCAAAACUUCGGCGCCGUAGUUCCAGCCUGAACUCGGCGGACGCCCGCCGGCCGCACCGCCGAGGCCUCGGUUUCCGCAGAUCCGACUCGGAUGAAGAAGACGGCUACUGCGAGGACAACGAAGGCUCAUCCCCUGAAGAUGGUCUUUUUGAUUCUGCCAAGGGUCGAGAGCGCCCCCGCAGCGCUGCCAUCUCCAGGGUCAAGGACGGGCAUGUGGGUUUUCCUUCUCAGUGUCGCUGGCCGGAAAUGGCAGCCAAGAGUCACAGAGGCACCUCGACAUCUCCCGAGUCCAGUCCUCUCCGGCCGGAACAGAAGAGCACCAAGAAGCGGCAUCGUGCACAGAGUGCCACGGGCAGAUUACAUCCUCAAAAUACUCCAGGAGCCGGCUCUACCCGAGGCAGGCUGCAACAACAACGACCUUCCUCUGCGGGCCCUGUCAUUAAAAACUGCAGGCAAAAUGCUUUCAGGACUGGAGGCUUCCUUGACUCGGCAACAGAGUUGCUGUCUGCACUCAGCCAAGAAGAGAGGGAGCUGCUGGAAGCCGUCACAGACAGGGGAUACCCUUUGCGUUCUGCCAUCUUGGCUUUGCAGAAGACUGGAUACAACAGCCCAGAUAAGCUCUUAAAGUACUUGGCAGCCUGCAAUCACCUGUGCGAGUUGGGCUACGAUGAAGCUCAAGUAGAAGAAGCUUUGGAGAUGUUCCAGAGCUGUGAGAGCAAGGCCGCAGAGUUUUUGCGCCUCCUCACUCAGUUCAACGAGAUGGGCUUCCAGCAAAGUGCCAUCAAAGAAGUACUGCUUGUUCAUGAAAAUCAUCGGGAAAGAGCUCUCGAAGAACUGAUGACUCGCACGACUUAGGCCCAUAGUGAUAUGUAAAUGACACACAGAUACAUUUAGUUUGUUAUAACCAGGUGUGAAAGUGGACCAGAACAGUCAGGAACGCAGUUCCGGUAUAACAUUCAGGGCCAGAACGCAGUUCCGGUACACGGUGCAUUGAUUAAAAAAAUAAGACGGCAACUGUCAAAACGCUAUAUUAAAAAGAAGGAAAAAAAUGCUAAGUUGCCACACAUGCAUUUCAUCUCCAAGAAGAAAACAAUCUACCAACAUCAGAUUUACAUACACAAGUGUUAACAACAAGCAUAAUAAAGUGCUUGUGUAGCAUGUGUAGCAGCGUUUCCACCAAUAUUAUUUAUUUUAUUCCACGGACGGCAUGGAGGUUUCCCCAGCUGCUGCAGUUAUCAGAGUCUGACGAUGAUGAGUCACGUGAAUGUGCGAAUACACGCAGCAAAGCAAAACGCUUGGUCUCAUUUAUCCGUUCAAUUGGCUGACAUACUGACAUGUGAUCAGCAGAGAUAGUUAGCUUUGAUUGGUUCAAAUGUGCAUGUUUUCUGGAACAGAAAAAACAUGCAAUGCAACAUAAAAUGGAUCAAAUCUUUAGGAGCAACGAAAGAGUCGAGGAGGCUUUUUUACCAUAUUUAGUUUUAUUUGCUCUGAAGGGGAGGUUCAGAAGAUCUUGGCUGUCAAUGUGCACUUUAGGCUACUUAUUAAUUUCCUUAUGAUUUAAAAAAAGUCAAAUGAAAAGGGUAUGGUGGCCGAGAGGUGUCAGGCGAAAUGCAAAUAGAAAAAAGCACAAGCCCCAAUUGCAAAUUCUUUGCAAAAGAAAAAAUGCAUGAAUGCAAACUGCCACAACACAACCCCCAAUUCCUCAAGCGCGAUUGCAAAUUGGCAAAAGCACGAACCCCAGUUGCCACAACACGACAGCAAAUGGCUCGCAGCCAAGGGCGUAGGUUUGGUCUCAAUAUUAGUAGGGACGAUAUAACAGCAUAACCUCCAUGUACACUUUUUGCUUGAGACGGGACAUUGAUAAGACUCAGAUUGGGUGAACGGUGGGCAGGGCUUCACUUCUCAACAAUGUGACCCAAAUUAAUUGAUAGGUUAAAUUAUUAAUGCAAAAUAAAUCAAUACAAAUUUAUUUAACUUCCACACUGCAAAUUUAUAACGUCUUAAUCUGAUAAUUUUUCUUAAAUCUAGUCGAAUAAUUUUCUCCAUCUUGUUCUGUUAAAGGCUGGUUAACAGAUUACCGUAAUGCAUCAGAUUCUUCCACUUACUUUAAUAUUACUACAGUAUUUGUUCCUAUUAAGGCCAUACAACUACAAGUUGGUAAUUUUUCACCUAAAGUAGGAAGAUUAAGUUGUCCCUUAGAUCCUUUGAUUUUUCUGUAUUUGACAAACCAUAGUCUCUUCUAAAAAAAAAAAAAAAAAAAAAACUUUUUACAAAUACUAGUGUUAAUAAAACAAGUGCAGAUUUCAUGAAUGUUUUUGUCAAACAUUUAUUUACAAAUCCAAAUCACAUUUAUUGGAAAAAAAAAAAUCAAGGCAGUGACAAUAAAUGUUUCAAAAAGAAUGCUGAGAGGAUAAAAAAAGGCCAAAUAUGUACAAACACCAACUUUCAAUUAAACACAGGACACCACCUCAGCAGUGCAAAAGAAACAAGCCUGAGUAAAUAUUUGUAAAGCAUUUACAUUUUUUUGUUUGCGCCAAGACGAUCACUUUUUAAGGAUGGUGGAGUUAAGCAGCACGGGUUUCAUAUUCGUCGAUUUAGAGGCCUCUGACAAGUCCCUCUGCCAAAAAAGAGCAAAAAGUUCAUUCACAGAUGACCCUUUCAUUCUUUUUGUGUUACACCAUGACAUCCUAUUCAGAAUAAUUUGGUGAAAAUAGGUUAAAUGUGAGCAUUGUUUACUGUAUUUAAUGUACUAAUUUGCUACUAUUGACGGUGAUAGAUGUCCAGUUCAUUUAAACUGUAAGGGUCGCAGCGAAUAAUGGCUGCCAGUCUUCCGAGUAGAAACGGACAGUCAUAAAUCAAUCAUUCACUGCCACCCCUUCCCAAUUCAAAUGGACUGGAUGUCUGUGUUAAAACGUCAUUUACCGCAAAUUCCGAAUAGGAGCCAGCAAUACUGUUAAAGGUGCAAUCUGGGUUAUCCUGAGACCUGAGUGCGCUGUAUGCAGUGCCCCUGUUUGGAAGGUUUUCUUUGGUCUGCUCAAGUGCAUGGGGAGUCUUAGCUUGCCCAGGGGUGCGUAGGCUCAGACCCUACAAGUUAGAUUGAAAACAAGUUUCAUCUUUUAGUAUCGAUGACUUUUCAUGUGAAAAAUAGUUGCUCAAAUAAUCUAAACAUGCAAAUCACAGUCACGUUCCUUAGAACACCAAUAAUAGAAAAUGACACGCCGAAAUUAUAGGACAAAUGCCAAGUUAUGUACGCCCAAGUUCUACGGUGUUGCGCUGCAAAUUAAAAUGGCGUAUGAAGUUCCUUAGGUCCUUUUCCUCUCGCUCGUUGCCUUUUUUUGCUCCGAAUAUUGUAUUUAUCCUCCAUCCUGCCAGUACAGCCAAAAGUUGAACACUUUGGCAGCUUUCUCCUUUUGUUAUUUUUUUGGGUAAAAUCCACGUAUGAAACAAACAUGGCUGAGUUGUAGCACAGAUGCAAAGCAGCAGAUCGCCACAUCAAAUCAAAAUAUGGCAAGAUAGACGAACCAGGGUAAGUCAAAAAUAUUUCCCUCUAUCGUUUUUGUUCGAGCACAAUCAGUCACAAUUUGCAAGUAAACAACUUUGCAAAAGCUUAGGGAACUUUCGGUGUGUCUGAUGUCACAGGCGAUGCAGACUGACGAUCUGUAAUACAGUACUCGAAUUUGUAUGGCUGAAACAAAAAAAGAUUAUAAUUCCUUUAAACUAGAGGUUGAUUUUUAAAGGCUGACCAAUGUCAACGCGCAUUUUUUCCAAGCCGAUGCAACC